UAUGGAUGUGGCGUGAUGAACUGUUUCGCCAGUUUCUCUGCCUCCAACGGCUUAUUCUAUCAUAUGAAGAAUGUGCAUCCCAACAUUGAGGAUAUCUUUAAACCUUACCGUUGUGCUAUGCCUACCUGUCCUAAACGUUACAAGAACAUUAAUGGAUUGCAGUAUCAUCUUCGA